GGUACAUUCCCUCCAUUUGACGGAAGUGAGGGAGAGGCUGAAAGCUGUGCCUAGCUUUUUCAGCGUGAGAGAGCUGUUUGUGUUUUGAAGGCAUUCGUCGUCAAAGGAAGUUGCCACUUACUAGAUUUCAAUCGACAUCACGCUGAAAUUACUCUGGAUUCUAGCUAGCUACUGUCUUCUACUUGAUUAACAACGUCCCUGUCUCGAACUGUCAACACCUUCAUCGAGCACCAACUAGCUACAUCUCCUGGGUGCAGUCUGGCCAAGAAAAUAAUGUCCUACAGUUGAAGAUGGGAGGUAGUGGCUCCAAAACCAAGGGUUAUUGGCCUUUUGCUGGUUCAGGCAGUGUUGAUGGUGAUCCAACCAAAGAGGGAGUCGACGAACAGUCGCUGGCGAGGCUCCGAAGUUUCCAAAGGGCGACGCCCUUCGUGUUUACCAGACAAAGCUCCCUGUACUUUGACGAGGAUGGAGACCUCGCCCACGAGUUCUAUGAGGAGACUGUUGUGACGAAGAACGGCCGCAAGAGGGCCAAACUGAAGAAGAUCCAGAAAAACCUCAUACCUCAGGGAACCAUAAAGCUGGAGCACCCCUGCAUCCAUGUGGAUUUCCCUGUCGUUCUCUGUGAGGUUUGAUGAAGCCUGGAGCCACGUUUUGAGACCAGACUCAGACUAGCCAAUGUGUCAACUCCGUCCCCCUGUUUCCCUCUCCACCCAUACUUUACCCUGAAGCCCUCUAAACCACCGUGGUCUCCCUGUGAUGAUGUUUGGCCGGAGCCCUGACCUGUGAUGAUAGACAGGCUGUCUAAACACAUGAUUGUGUUGAGCACCUGCAUGUGGACUCUGUAAAGUGUGGCCUGUGUGCAGUCACGUUACACAAAGUAGUACCUGGCCACUUACGGAGACCGUUGAUGAUCUGUGAAACACGUCAGUUAAGAUGGCUGAAGACAUAAUUAUUGCUCACGUUAAAUAUUUACAGUAUGUGUGUUAGUGGAUAUGGAAUGAAGUGUGACAACAGCUUGUCUGCCUGUCUCACAGCAGCAGUGUGCUCUGGUAGGAGGAUCCAUUGUACUUUGUAAGAAGAAUGUAAUGGGACAAUUUGAGUUGAACCAUGGGCUGUUAAGUAGAGUCUCUCAAAAUAGGCCGGCAAUCCUAUAUCUUUAAACCCUGCCCUAGAGAGUUAAUUUACCAUCUGUACGCAUUAAGGGGUGAGAUUUUCCGAUACCUGUUCAGUCUUCAGAGCUUCCAGAGUAAUGAUAGGGCUUCAGCUAUUAGGGCCAUAUCCUGAGGUCAGAGAUAUAGGAAUAUUUAAUGCACAUUUUAUUUAUACAAGUAAAACAAAAAACCACCAUUGGCUUGAUAUAAUUUCCACCAUGCGUGACGAUGGCUCUGCUUCUCAUUCCCCAUGAUGGAGCUAGACAAUUGGUGGCCAAUGUGAUCUAAGCUUAUCUUAAUGUGACGUGUUGUAAUGUUUGACUGGCUGUGGUGAUCAUGGUGUCAAGACCAGGGCUUUAUGAAAUGUUUGAGUAUGCGCUGAUCUAGAAUCAGUUUUAACCUUUGAGAUCAUCAUAGUGAAUCACAUUGACAUUAAAGGGACGGGGGGGCGGGCUGGGGUCUGAUCCUAGCUCAGCAAUGCUACUGAAUUGCUUUUUUUUUUUUUUUUUUUUUUUUUCUUUAAAAAAAAUGUUUUUUUUGCACUCAGACACAUGUACAGAGAAGCACGAACUUUAGUCCCCCUGGGAAAGUCCUCUGUUCCUUCACUGCUUUAGCGCAAUACAUUUCACUGUUAAUUUAUUUUAACUGUUAUAAUGGCAUUAUUUUUAAUUACAACUCAAAAUGUAUCCAGUUGGGUCGUGGUCCCUUUGUCUUCUACAUACCAUUACAGAAACUGAUGUCUCCCUCUUUCAACUGUGGAAUUUCUGUGUUCUCUUCUCCCCAUAUCUGUGUUCAUGGAUAGUGUUAUGGAAUAGGUUACUUAGUUUAGACAGCUCACUACCACUUCCACACUCCAUUCCCCCGCCAGGGGGCAGCAGCAACCUUGUCCAGGUGUUGAGCCUGGUUGAUAAGCACAUCAGGUGCUGCCAAUUCAGUUGGUCAAUAGUCAGUGUCCCAGCUUGAGAGCCAUGAGGCUGCUGGGUUGGUUUGGUGGCCAUGAAGCCUUUCGUUUUGAUGUUGUCUCUAGUUUAGGUAUACCUGUUUUGUAGUUUUUUAUACAUUUGUUUCCGUCACCAUCUGAACAUAAUAAUCCGCUUGGGCUCGCCAACCCAAAGGAGUCAAGUCAGAGCUGGACCUAAGGCAAGGUUGCUGUCUCCCUGGGCACAUGUGCACCCAACACGGUCCUCAAACACUGAUUUCUCAUACAAUGAACAAAAAUAAACCCAACAUGUAAAGUGUUGGUCCCAUGUUUCAUGAGUUUAAAUAAAAAAUCCCCAAAAAGUUC